AAACAGCGUCGGUCGCAGGCAGGUCUGAUCCACUUGCACCAAAUGGGUGUGUAUUAACUGCGCAUGUGCAUGACUGAGCUCUCUCUCGGAAGCUAAUCGAGCUUAUCUAAGGGGUCUACAUCAAAAAACGAAAAUAAAAGUCAUGUCAGGUUUUCUGGACGGAAUCCGGUGCGGAGAUUGCGAGUGCAAUGUGGACUGGGGAGAGAGGAGAAACACCAUCGCAUCUGUAGCUGCUGGAGUUCUGUUCUUCACUGGUUGGUGGAUCAUCAUUGAUGCAGCAGUGAUCUAUCCUGACGAGGCAGACUUUCAUCAUGCAUAUCACACUUGUGGAGUCAUUGCUACUGUGGCCUUUCUCAUGAUAAAUGCCGUUUCAAAUGGCCAAGUGAGAGGAGACAGCUACAGUGAAGGCUGCAUGGGACAGACAGGUGCUCGAGUAUGGCUCUUCAUUGGCUUCAUGCUGGCUUUUGGCUCCCUCAUUGCCUCCAUGUGGAUUCUGUUUGGGGGAUUUGUGGUGUCUCAAAGGACAGUUGUUUACCCUGGUAUCGCCAUUUUCUUCCAAAAUGCAUUCAUUUUCUUUGGGGGUUUGGUCUUCAAGUUUGGACGCACAGAAGAUCUCUGGCAAUAAUGGACUGACUGACUUGAUGUCAACAGUUUAUACACUCGGCUUUCUGCAUCGUAUCACACAGAAUGCUUUAGUGAUUAUUUUCUUUAUAUAAACUUCUCUAGCCUUCAAAUCAACUUUUUUAUUUAUGUUUUUUGCUUUAAAAUGGCUUAAUCAUAACUAAGCACCCAUUUUCACAAAUGCUUUAAAAGUUUCUGACUGUGGCACAUCUUUAAAUGUGUCUUUUUGCACUCAGAUUGCGUAGCCAUUAUUUUAUAAUGGUUUACAUCUUGUGUAUAAAUGGCGUUGUUUUGUGAGCUUUACUUACGGAACUGUCUACAUUUCCUUUUUGGUUUAGUUUACUUCUGUGGCAUCCUUAAUUUAAAACUGUCUCUUAUGGAGAAAAUAAAACUCUAUAUUAUUAUA